UUCAAAACCCCCCGCUCGCCCCGCCUCCACCGCAACCGCAACAAGCGUCCAAUCCAUUCCGUCUGCGGUCUGCCUAUUCACCCCCACCAACAUCCGGGCUCCACAUGGCUGCCACCCGCAAGCUCCGCCGCUCCCCGUCCGCCGCCGCCGCCAGCGGGGACCACCUCCGCUUCCUCCGUCCCGGGGCCCUCGCCCGCCUCCGCGACGACAGGCUCCGCCGCGCCACUCGCCUGCCCCCGCCCUCAUCGCCUGCGCCUGCGCAUGCGCCUGCGCCGGCGUCCUCCUCAUCGCCUCUUCCUGCUUCUGGAGACGGCGAGGGCGUCGCGGCCGUGCCGUGCUUCGCGCCCGCCUCGAGGCUCCUCGCGCCCCGGUGCCCCCAGCGGAAGAAGAUCGCGGCGGCCAAGUCCGUGGUGCUCUUCGCUCUGUCGCCUCCAAGCACCGAUCUGCCCAUCGAUGCGGUUAUCGAGUUCCUCAACGCGCCUGACAUGGUGGUCGCCGCCCACUAGUGUCUCGCCGUACUGUUGUAUUAGCCUUGUAGAUCUCUAUUCGUCGUUUAUCUUGUUAGCUUAGUGUGCUACUGUGCUAUAAAGUUUUCGUUGUUUGUUUGCACUGAUCUGGAUGUGAAAGCAAAAACAUGUACAGAGGGCAUGCUUGCUAUUUAGUAAUACAAGAUACUAUAAAUUUGGUAACGAAAAUUCAUGAUGUCCAAUUCCUGUUA